AUGUCACCUUUCGAUUUUGAUGAUUUUGCAAAGAAAUUGGGGAAUCAAGAACGUGUUGGAUACUACUAUAGAGUGCCAGAGGGAGUAAAUGGGCUAGAAAAUGUGCUAGAAUUUAAUUGGGUGGAUGUGGAUGUACAAGAAGAAGAAGCAACCACUGAAUCUGAUGAUGAAUUUAUUGAUUCUGAUUAUGAGCAAGAUGAAGAAGGGAUUGGUGUAUCAUUUGAGCAAAAUGAAGAUGAUAUCAUAUCAUUUGAGAAAAAUGAAGAUGCCAUUGUGUUAGACACCUUUAUAACAACUUCAAAUUACUACACAAGGGUUUAG